AUGAAUCCCAGUUCCACACUGGACGUCACCACUGCAUAUUCGGAGCGACGGCAUGAAAAUGGUAACAUCCAGACCAAUGAGCAUUUGCUGGUAGCGUUGUCGAAUGGCGGAGUGACGCAGACGGCCCAACAACUGAAAUUGCGAGACGAAAAUAUAAACGUAGCACCAAAAGACUAUGACCCGCCAAUAGACUACAGAGAAGACGUUUUUUAUGGGCCAAAUGGUAUUCGAAUCAAAAGAGAGGCAUCAAUCACUCCAGAAGAAGGACUGAACGCACUGUUUUUUGCUGCGGUGCCGGAACUUUUCGAUUUCACUAGUAUACGAUUCUAUGGGCCUUUUCAAGCACCAAGUCUGCAUUCUUUUUUUUUGAUUGAAUUAUCAUUUGGGAAAAAUAUGAGGAGCACUGCUUAG